AUGCUUCGACAGAAGAUUCUGAAGAGAUGUCGCGAAGACAUCUAUGCCUGGUUGAAUCAUGAGAAUGGUCAAGUGGCGAUAUAUGAUGCUGUAAAUCCUACGGCUAGUGGUCGUAGAUCCCUAGCGAAAGAGUUUGCCAAGCACGACGUUCAGACAUUGUUCCUGGAAUCAUACGUCAAUGACGAUCGGAUUCUGCGGGAGAAUGCUAGGAACGUCAAGAUCUCGUCCCCUGAUUUUCAUGGUAUGGACGCAGACGAGGCGGCUCAGCUUUAUCUUCAGCGUAUUGAAAUGAAGAUCCCAGUCUUCGAGACCAUGAACGAGAAUGAGCUGAACUACGUCAAGAUGAUUAAUGCUGGACAAGCGUUCUUCUAUAACAACGUCAGCUUUAACUAUCUCUCUCACCGCAUCGUAUUCUAUCUCACCAACCUCCACAUCAAAUCACGCACCACAUUCUUCGUAAGAGCGGGCACGGCAGGAGGAGAGGACACAUUCAAGGGCGAUGCCCCCUUGUCAGAAGAAGGCCGCGCAUAUGCCCUGAAGAUGACGGAAACCCUUCUCAAGCACCGAGAGCAGGAGCGCCAAUCUGCCAUUGAGGAAGGAGGAGCAGACAUACCCCUUCGCCCUCUGACAGUCUGGACGUCGACGAGAUUGCGAACUACUGAGACAGCCCACUACUUCCAGGAGAAGGGCUUCAAGAUCCGACAACGCUCACAAAUGAGUCAGAUCAACCCAGGAGUUUGUGAGAAGCUGUCAGAGCGUGCCAUUCGUCACCUGUACCCUGAUGAAGUCGAGAAACAUGAGCUUGACCCAUACCACCACCGAUAUCCCAGAGCAGAGUCUUACCACGAUCUUGCGGUGCGCCUCGAGCCCAUUAUCCUCGAACUUGAGCGCGAGCAGAACGAUUUGCUUAUCAUUGCCCACGAGUCUGUCCUGCGUGUGCUCUAUGCCUAUCUGAUGCACUGUAGCACCAUGGACAUCCCUAAACUCAAAUUUCCUCGCGAUGAGAUCAUCGAAAUCAUUCCAGCUGCCUAUCAGAACGAGGCCAAGCGUAUUCACAUCCCGGGCCUCGAUCCCAAGAUGGUGCCAGGGUCGCCUGAAGAUAUCAAGAUCCCCGUGCCAGGACCGCCAAGCGGGAACCUUAGCCCCAUCCCGGGCCUCUCAAGCCCGGCGGAGCCAGCUGAGAACCAGCGACCUCCAGAGAAAGUUAUCAAUCUAGCUAAGGAGAUGGUUGCUGAUAAAGUUGCCGACGAGGACUGA